AUGGAUGAUAUAAACAGUCAAAAUUUCAAAGGCGAAACAGCGCUGCACUCUGCUGUACUCUCUGGUAGUGUGUCAUGCGUUGUUCGACUUCUGAAUGCUUUGACGCUGGACCCAAACAUACAAGAUAAUGAUGGUAACACCGCUUUACAUGUUUUGUCGACUUUGAAUAAUAUCUCAACUCGAGAAGCAAUACUUCACCGAUUAUUAUCAAACAUGAGGGUUGAUCAGUUGGUAAUGAACAAUGAUGGACUGACACCUUUGCAAGUGGCAAUCAUUAGUAACCAACAAAAAGUAGUGGAGUCAAUGAUCCACAUGAAGCCAUCACUUCUGGUAUCAAACAGCUGCCAUUCUUUGCCACCACUACAUCUUGCAGCUGCUUAUGGCCAUGCAAAAGUACUAGAGACUAUUCUUCGAUAUUCUGACGUGAAUAAAACAACUAAAGCUUCUCGGACAGCGUUACAUUUUGCAGUUGAACGUUGGGAUGGUAAUGCUGAUCAAGACAUGCAACGACUUUCUUGCAUACAAUCACUUGUGUCGACGGGUGUCCCCUUGAACACUCGGGACUGCGAUGGCAUGACUGCGUUACAUUUAGCUGCGCAAACAGUACAAAAUCAAGUUGCAAUAACUGAAAAUAAAAUCAACGCUGUCUUACAAAUGAAAAAAUCAAAUAUGCGCUUAGAAGAGCUUGCCUCUGCCUUACGACCACAAUGGCCGGCUGCAGUGAUUUGUUUUUUGAUUGCGCACGGAGCUGACCCAUUUAUCACUGAUCGUUCUGGUUGUACGACCUUUGAACUGGUCAAGGAAGCUAGCUUAAAAUUGCUGUUUGAACAAUAUGCAGCCUGCCGACCGAGGCACACAUUCAUAUCAAUAUCUCAUAAGGAGACUGAUUUCAGGUCAUGCAUCCCUAUGAGCAGUUCCAGUGCACGAGUUUUUGACACUUCUGGCGUCACAAUGUGUACGUUUAAUUGUGAUGAUAAUGUAGCAGAUAUUGUCUUUGUACCUUGUGGUCAUCGUGUGGUCUGUACAACGUGUGCUGGUAGCACUUUACUUCGACGUUGUCCGUUGUGCUAUCAGCAAAUAAUCGCAGCAAAAGAUUCCUCUGGUGAAGAAGUAAAAAUUGGUAGUAAAAUAAUUCAAAGUCGAAAAUGCAAAGGAUUAAGACUGGAUGAAAGUAUAAAAUUAAUUAAUGAAUCAGAAAUUCAACGAAUUGCGCAAGAAGCAGUUGAACGUGCCCAAAAAGCUGCUGAAGCAGAAAAAAAUGAAAUAGUACAUAUGUUACGUGAUAAGCUUGAACAACUAGAACUUGAAGUCACGUGUGCAAUUUGCAUGGAUCAACGCUGCAGUAUUGUCUUCCAAUGUGGUCAUACAGCUUGUUCAGAUUGCAGCAGUCCAUCGAAACUAAAACUUUGCCAUAUUUGUAGACAACCUAUAAAACGUCGGACAACCAUUUAUACCUAA